CUGGAGGAAGUUUGCCCAUCUGUGCGGGAUGCAAACAGAGGAUCUACGAUGAUCAGUACCUCCAGGCCCUCAACACUGACUGGCACACCGUCUGCUUCAGAAAACCUCUGGGCUCCUACGAGGAAGUCAGAUGAGGUUAGAGUGGAUGGACGAGCUUUAAUAGAGGAUAGAUAAUUGGACAAUCUGAUUUGAGAACUGUAUCGAAGAGUGCAGGAAACGGGCCGUUCACAUUACAUGGGGUGGAGUCUGUGCAGAGACUUCACAAGGUCAAAAAGAAGAAAUGAGCAGCCAUGAGGAAGGUUGGGUUAGAGGACAGGAAAUAGUCGAUGGAGAAGCGUGACCCCCGAGUGCAGCUGCAGUGAGAGAGGAAGUAGAGGAAGGGAGAGACAGAGACACUGAUGGUCGUGACAGCGAGGCUGGUGGAGCUGCUGACAUGAGUCGGUCUUCUGUCUGUCAAAACAAGGCCGACGCUCCCACAGGCAACAUGUCAGCAAAGAGCCGACACAGCAAGAAGCCACACAGAAAGUGUUGUGAGUGCAGCGCCUCGCUGUCACACUGGUAUUAUGAAAAAGAUGGACGGCUCUUCUGCAAGAAGGACUACUGGGCCAAGUACGGAGAGCUAUGCCAUGGCUGCAACGACCCCAUCACCACCGGCCUCAUCAUGGUCGCAGGGGAACAGAAAUAUCACCCAGAAUGCUUCACCUGUCUGAACUGCAGGGCGUUCAUCGGUGAUGGAGACACAUACGCUCUGGUGGAGAGAUCCAAACUCUACUGCGGUCACUGUUACUAUCAGACCAUCGUCACCCCAGUGUCGCUGCCAGACUCGCCGUGCUCACGGAUCCCUCACACCGUCACCCUUGUGUCAAUCCCGGCCUCCGCCGAGGGCAACAACGGACGCAGGGGGCGAGGUUUCUCUGUAGCCAUCGACCAGCCGCUCAGCCCGACCAACUGCUACAGUCCUGAACAUGGACCCACCGUCAGAGUCUCACAGGUGGACACGGACUGCAUCAGUCCAGAUGUGAAAAACUCCAUUCAUGUUGGAGAUCGGAUCCUUGAGAUUAAUGGGACACCUAUUCACAAUGUUCCACUGGAUGAGAUCGACCUGCUGAUCCAGGAGACGAGCCGGCUGCUGCAGCUCACCAUCGAGCACGACCCUCACAGUCAGGGGCAGGAGGGAGGUUCCUCAGAGGCCGAGGAGCAGACGGACGGCCCCUUGUCCACCCCGCUGUCAGAGGGCCCCAGCCCCAUCCUGCCCAUCACCACACCCCCCCACCCCGACAUCAGCAGCCUGAAAUCCCGCAUGAUCACGCGGAGCUACAGCAUCGAUAAAUCACCAGGCUCCAGCAACGCAGCAUCCCCCAUCUCCCAGAGGAAGGACAUAAAUCGAUCGGAGUCGCUCCGCGUUGUGUCCAACCGAACGCACCGCAUCUUCCGGCCAUCUGACCUCAUCCAUGGCGAGGUGCUGGGGAAGGGCUGCUUCGGACAGGCCAUCAAGGUGACCCACAGGGAGACCGGGGAGGUGAUGGUGAUGAAGGAGUUGAUUCGCUUUGAUGACGAGACACAGAGAACAUUCCUGAAAGAGGUGAAGGUCAUGCGUUGCCUGGAUCACCCCAACGUGCUCAAGUUCAUCGGAGUCCUCUACAAGGACAAACGACUCAACUUCAUCGCGGAGUACAUAAAGGGAGGCACCUUGAGGGAAAUCAUCAAGAAAAUGGACUGCAACUAUCCCUGGAACCAGCGGGUUAGUUUUGCCAAUGACAUCGCUGCUGGGAUGACAUAUCUGCAUUCCAUGAACAUCAUCCACCGGGACCUGAACUCCCACAAUUGUCUUGUCAGAGAGGACAACACAGUGGUGGUGGCAGACUUCGGGCUGUCUCGCCUCAUGGUGGAUGACAAGCAUGAGGACAAGUUGUCGCAGGGUAAACUGCCGGGCCUCAAGAGGCCUGACCGCAGGAAGAGGUACACGGUGGUUGGAAACCCUUACUGGAUGGCUCCUGAGAUGAUCCACGGGAAGAGCUACGAUGAGAGAGUAGACAUCUUCUCGUUCGGUAUCAUGCUCUGUGAGAUAAUUGGCAGGGUGAACGCAGACCCAGACUACCUCCCCAGGGCGAUGGAUUUCGGACUGAAUGUGUCCGGCUUCCUGGAGCACUACUGUCCCCCGAACUGUCCCCCUGCCUUCUUCCCCAUGGCUGCUGUGUGCUGUGAGCUUGAUGCAGACAAACGGCCUGCUUUCUCCAAGCUGGAGGAGUGGCUUGAGAACCUGAAGAUGCACUUGGACAUUGGUCUUCCCCUGGUGUCAGAACUGGACCAGCUGCACAAGGCCUUCUGGGUGAACCACAGAAUCACACGCCCUGAAAACGGCCUGCACACCCACCCCGAACAGCCGGAGUAGUGCUGAACUGGACUGGACUGGACUGGAGGAGUUGAAAAAUUAGGAGUUAACCCCAGAAGGGCAGAGACGGCCUGCCUCGGGCGGUGCAGUGCCUGGAGGAGACGUGUUAAUACUCCUCCAUGUUUAAAGCUGCUGGCAUAGUCUGGCUCAGGCGAGUAGACUCAGGGGGAAAAUGUGGAUCCGAAAAGCCACCUGUGCGAGCUGCACACACACAAACACACACACAUUCAGUCAAAUCAAGAGACAUAAACUACGAUAGCUUGAUUCUGCUGCACCUGGAGCUAAAGUAGAACAUGUCAUAUGCAAUUAGAUCCAACGUUCAGAUCAAAUAGAUUUAACAUUAGUGCUCAUUCCAUUCAAGAAUACUGGCUGUACUUACUGUAGUGUGUAUAUUCAUGUGGAUAAAGUAGUCCAGAAAACAAGGCAAGAGGCAAACCUUCAGCCUCCUCACCUUGGGCCUCUACAGAGUACAUUGUGCAGUAUGUGUUUGCAGGUGUUUCUGUGUGAGUUUUGAUAGAUCUUUUUGCUUUUGGUUUGGAUAUUAAAGGAGAGGGGCCCGUCGAUUGGUAGUGUUCAACUUGCUGUCCACUUGUACAAGUCAAACAAAAACCUUUUCCAGCUUUAAAUAGCUCACAGAAGAGUGCAUGACUGUAAAUAAUGCUGUCAGGUCAAAUCCUGGUUCAUCGUGUCGCUCUGACCUCAUUUGGUCAUGAACUACUAGACCUUACGUGUGUGUGGCGCUGCCCCUCUCCCUCAUCUAUUGUGUAGCACUGACCCAACACUGAGGUACACAUCUUUUACACACAGUUGGUACGUUCUCACAUGAUUUUAAGAGCAGUUAUCUCAUUCAUGUUGACGUGGCAUCUUAUACGUUCAAACACAUACCGAUGUACAUAGCUGGCGACAUUGUAAAUGUUUUAAAUAUUGUAAAUGUACAGACAUAUUUUAUAUACGUACGCUACAUUGCCAUAUUUUUAUUGGCCGACCAGUUGAAAUUAAGGGGAGUUAAAGUUUGACUGCAGUUAACAUGGCACAGCAGAAAGCAUUAUGGGUGUUUUUUUUUCCAAUAUUGUCACCACUGUGGCAAGUUUGAAUCUUUUAGCAACAAGAUAAGAGGAAUUUUAUCACCAUAAAUAUCUCCAACCCUCAGUUCAAGCCCAGUAAAUGUUACAUUCUGUCAUUUCCCUCCAUCCAACAAGUAUUUCUACACAUUUUAUUGGUUAUCUUGGAAUUUUUAAAGGAGACAUAUUAUGCUAAUUUUCAGGCUAAUGAUUUUAUUUUUGCCACACUUUUUUGUCAGUGUCCAGUGCUGCAGCUCUGUAUUCCCCCUCUGGCAGAAAUUCUCUGUUUUAGCUCCUGUGUCUUUAAGACACACCUCCCAAAUAUCCAGUCUCCCCCAAUUGGUCAUCUCACAUACGUCUGAGCCCAAAAUUCCAGUCGACUUUGUCAUGUUGACACCUUCUAAUUAGCUACACUGCUACCGUUAGUAUAGGCAUAAAUUAUGCAAAUGUGUGACAUGGUGACGUAUUGUGAUGUCACAAAGACGCAGAAUUAAAGGCGGACCACUGACAAGAUCUUUUUUGCACAUGAACCUACAGUAUAUAAUAAACUUACGGAAAAAGCGAAAUAUGUCUCCUUUAAUGUACCCACAGAUGUGUGCUGGAGUAAUUCUGGAUUAUCUAAUGACAUCAAAGUUGCUGAACUAAAUCUGCAUAUUAUGAUAAUAACAUGUGAUGUGAGAAUUUUGAGGGCAAUCAAUCUUGUCUCAUGUACUGUACAGUAGUUCAGGUGUGGGAAUGACAUCACCAGGAACUGCCUCAUCAUGUCAGCUGUCUGUCCACGUCUGUCUCUCCUCCGGUGGAUGACACCACUGUUUGUUUACAUGUAAAUGCUCGCUGUAAAUAUCAGUGUUUGUAUGUCCUUACCUCUUGUCUGCGUGCAUUGCAUAAAUAUGCGCACUCCUCAGAAAUUAUCUCUUCCACUGUCAAAUUUCUCUCUUGCACCUUCUAACAUGCAUUUUCUGUCUCUAGACAAAUUUUUAAAGAUCUCCUGCUGUUGUUUUUUCACGAGUUGCAUGAUGUACAAGCUAGGUCUGCUGAGCUUCUAGAUCAAGCUGUUUUGGUCUCUUAAUUAUGUCAUUUUAAAUAAGAAAACAGAAUGAAAAGAGAAGACAAAAAAAGCCAGGCUAAGAAGAAAUGAGAAAAAAAGAAACACAGCUUCUGUUUUUUUAUAUAACCACUGAAAUCUUUUUGUAUGGAUUUGAGUACUUUAAUUUGCACUAUAUUACCAAAUGGCUGUUUGAGGCCAUGUUUGUUAAUUUCCUCUCUUGGGCUAACUUGUGACAAGGAAAUAAAUUAUGUCGGUUCAGGUUGAUAUAUGAAUGCAAGACACUGAUAGAGCCUUUCAACUGUAAAUAGAUGGGAUCUGGAAAAUUCAUCCUCUUGAUAGCAAAGUUUGUCAUUAUUGAGAUGCAUUUUUAAAGUUUUAUGGCAGGAGCCUGUUUGAUCCACCUGUGAUCUUGUACAUAAGGUCACAUAUCUAUAGAAGUAGUGGCUAUACUUUCAAGCUUUCACCACAAAACUCCAAAAUGUUAAGUACCAUGAUGUCCACUUAUAAAGUUUUCGAGUCUUUGCUACCAGGAGGAUGUGAUUUUCCAGCUCUGCCUGCUGCCUACAGACUGGUCCUUUGUGAAUGAUGUCCUGUGUUGUUACUGACUGCUUGGUUUCAUAUGUGAUGCCCACAGAGGCUGCAGCCACUGCUGGUCUUUCUGAUAAUAGAGCACUUAAAACUGGCCUGUCUCACCUCUCACCUUCUCGUCAUACUCUUUUGGCUCAGGGCCGUACUUUUCUGGAGCUUUCUUCACAAUUCAGUUCACUCAGCAGCUUGAUAGAAAAAGCAGCAUUCAAACAGUAAUAGUGAGACUCAAACAGCAUGUAAAUCUUCUGUCACUGUAUAGGCUACCAAUAACACAAAAUAUGCUUCUGUAAAACAAGCCCCUCCUGGUUGAUGUGUUCGUCCAUGGGCAUGUACUUUACAUGAGUGGCUUUGCCAUGUUUCUGUCUCCAUUCCUGUCUGAGCCAUGUCGAGCAUGUCAGGUGUGUCUGUGAGAACGUGUCGAUGAUCAAUGAGAAUGUCGCCGCAGCACUUCUUUGCAAAGGAUCGUUACCUCUGAACAAUGCUGUGCCUUUGUUGUAAGCUAGCCUUGCCAACGACUCGGAAAAACGUGAACUGAUUUCCUUUUUUAAUGUAUCAUAAGUGCAAGCCUGAUUCAAGUGGAUUGAAUAUCAUUGCUGAUACUACGUUGUAUGAGAUUUCAUCUUGUUCUGUAUUAUAUUUAUAUUUUCCUGAUCUCCAUUGUCAGUUUUGAUAUUUUAAUAGUAUAUUUCUUUAUUCUUUUUUUUUGUUGUUGUCUUAUUUAAUUUUUUUAUUUUACACAAGCUGUGAAAACAAUUCUGCACUUUAAUCCUGAACGUGAACAUUUAGACUCUGAGGAGGCGACUGUUUUUUUUUCCUUUUGUCACAGCUAAAAAUAAAACUGUUGCUUCUAAAACAACCUAA